AGCGAUGUUGCAUAUAUCCAGACAAACUUUUGUUGCAUAUAUCCAGGUUUUACUGUAAUAUCAGUCGCAAUUAAUAUGGUCUUAUUAACCUUACAAAGCUGAUAAAGUCAAACAUUGGAAGAAGUACAGCAGCGUUCUACCGCCAGGUGACUAUAGUGUUUCUGUAGUUAUGGCGACAUCCCCGACGCUCAUAACACAGUCGCCAUGGAAACCAGUGACAAGCGUCGCUUGUGUACAUACAUUGAACAUGUCAGUGCGUGUCAGUUUGAACCAGUUGAAUAGGUUAAUGAGGUUGUAGUGGUGAUAAUUGAUUUAAUUACAUGAAAAAUGGGUCGCACCGAUUGGGAUCAUAUAUUAUCCAUAGAUCCAUCGUCAUUGACGGACGAUGACAUGGAAGAUCUUUAUCCUGCUAUGAUUAGUUGUGAUGUCGACGAGAUUAGUGACAUACAUAACCUAAGAACUCUGAUGAAAAUGUCUCAAGAAAUACUUCAGUAUAAAGACAAUCAAGUAGAAUCAUUGUUAUUAGAAUGCAGCGAGUUGAAAGAAACCAUUUCUUCUCUAAAACCUGAACCUGCCAAACGUAAAAAGAAAGAAUGGGAUACAUCUGAUACAAAACAUGAAACCAGUGAUGUAUCUAAACACAUGGAUGUAUCAGAAGGCACUGAUCAUGAUGAUGUAUCACAAAAGAAAAAUAAGAAAAUUAAGAUUCUCAUGACAGAGCUAGAGACCAUGGAAAAGGAUAAUAUUGUUUUGAAAGAAAGAUUAACCACACUGACCCAAGAAAUGGAAGAUGCAACACAAAAAAUGAAUGAAAUGACAGAAGAAUUAGGAUCUGCUUACAUUAAAUCCACAGAAUUCAAAGAAAAGCUACAGCAAUUAGAACAUGAAAAUGCUGCACUAGUUGCUCAAAUUGAGGAAAUAACAGAGCAACAAAUGGAUAGAGACAAAGUGAUAGAUGAAUUUGGUGCAGCGAUUGAUAUUAGAAUUAAUGAAUGGAAGGCAAUAUUGGAUGAGAAAGAUGCUGAAAUUCAACGGCUGAAGGACACUCUAUCACAGUCGCUCAUUCAAUCUGUAGUCUCUGCCAAAGAACAAAGCAAAUCCGAAAUUGUUCACUUGAACGAAGAAAUAAAUCGUCGUGACAAAAUAAUCACCGAGUUAAAAACAAAACUUUCCGAAGCGAUCGUUGAAAUUAACGAAGGUGCUGAAGUUAUAAAAAAAUUAAAAGAAGAUGCACAGAAGGCUGGGAAACACGACAAAAAGAAGGAGCAAAAGGAACUAUUAAAAAAAUUACAGGAUGCUAAUGAACAAAUAUCAAGUUUACAGAUUAAAUUAUCACAAGCAGAGGAAGAUGCCCAAUUAAGAAGCAGCAAAUUAUGCGAGGCAUUAGCUACAUUGAGAAAGUACAAGGAUGAAAAUCACGGUUUAACAGAUGCGUUGAAUGAGAUAAAGGAAUUGAAAAAUGAUAUAAAAGGCAAAGGCGAGCACAUAAGAGACUUGAUCAACGUCGUCAACAAAUUGGAAAUGUUGAAUUCCUAUCAAGAGAUGGAAAUUAUAACGCUUAGAGAGAAGCUAGGUAUACCAGAACACGAAUCGGUGUCGAUUCAACAUGCUCUGGAGAAACGCAAAGAGGAAGAGAAGAAACUGGAGGAGCUUCUGCAACAAAAUAAGAUGCUUCUCGAGGAAAACUUGGAAUUAAAAUCGGAUAUGAGAGUGUUAAAGUACAAAUUAAGUAAAACCUCGAAAGAAAUCGAUUUCUCGAGUACCACCGUAGACGGAAGCAUGGAAUUUUUGCAUUCAACGAAACUGGCGGAAUCGGAACCAAAGAAUGCUUUCGAAUUGAAACAGAAUAUGCAGCUGGUUAUAGAAGAGAACGAGGCUCUUAGAACUGGCAUGCACGAAAUUUUGGAUAGUAUACGAAAUCAAGACGGUAAAAGCAUCGUGGAAAUACAAUCAAGCACGUUAGAAAGAUUAUUAGAAGCGUUAGAUGUGAGACAUUUAGCGGGCUGGUAUCAUCCAGCAAUGAGAUUACAGGAACAACUGAACGUUGUACAGGGCAGCAACGCCGAAUUAAGAGGGCAAAUUAGACAAUUGAGAAAGAAACUCCAGAAGAAGGAUAACAUGCUGAAAUCGUUGUCUCAAAAUCAGAUCACAAACAUCGACGAAUACACCGAUGAAUCGGACAGUGAGAAGACGAUGUACGUUUCCGAGAUGAGCAAGUUCCAAGAGAUGUACAAAAACGCGUCAGACGAGUGGGAGGAAGAGAAGAAUUCCCUGUUGGAACAUACUGCAAAUUUGAAGAGCGAAGUGGAGAAGUUGAAGAUGCAGCUCGAAGUCUACGAACAGAGUACGAAAAUCCUGGAGGAGGGGGAGGAUGAAAUUCGAAAAGCUUUCGCGAUUAAAACGAGAGAACACGCCGAAGCUGGCGGCGAGCUUCUGAUAGCGAACAGAAAGAAUGUAGCUCUUCAGCAAUUAUUAAACAGAGAAUCAAGGAAAGUCUAUCAAGAGCGGAAAGAAGCAAUCAAGAGCGAGAAUUAUCUAAGAAAAUCGCUCGCCGACGCGAUCAACCACAACAAAGUCCUCGAACGCGAAAUUUCAACGGUCCAAAGCAAUCUGUCCAAUUCCGUCAGCUACACAGUUUACAACGACCUCAAAGAGAAGCACGAAGAGCUCGCUAUACGCCACCGCAACCUCUUGGAGAAUAAUAUAGUUCUGGAAAACGCUAAGGAGAUAGAGAUCUUGAAGAGUGAACUGGAGAUAGUGAAACGAGAAAAAGAAGAAUUAUUGGAACAUUUUCAAAAAGAGGUUCAGCAGGAAGGUGAAAAAGAUUUGAAGGAACAGUUAAAAGAGAGCCAGGCUAAAGAACUUCUAGAAAAACAACGUGCUGAUCACGUUAGCAGUUUGCACGAGAUCUUACAGACUCAGUUGUCUAAAUGCGAAGAAAAUCUGAAGGAAGUAGUUACAGCAAAGUCGGAGUUGCAAGAAGAAUUGAUUAUUCUUCAUAAAAGAUUGUCGAAGGACUUGCGUUUCGAGAAGAACGAUCAGUUGGACGAUAAUCGUGUGCAAGAACUGAAGGAUAAUAUCGAGACGCUUCGAAUAGAAAAUGAGGACUUGAAGAAGCAGCUUCAGAUUGCUCGCGAAGAAGCCAAGGAACAGUAUUCCUUGAACUCCUUGAAGCUGAUGGAAUUGGAUGAUCUCAGGCAUCAGAUUUUGGAUUUGCAAGCGAUCAGCGAGGAUAAGGCAACAAUUUCAAGACUGGAUUUUGAGUUGGCUGGUAAAAAGAUGUCGGAAAUGGAACUGAAUGCGCAGAAAAGCAGAAUGGAGAAUGAAUUAUCCUAUCAGCAGGAGGAACUUGAAAAAUUAAGGACAACUUGCGAGGGAUUGCGCGUAUACGUGCAAGAUUGUCGAAAGCAGUGCGAGAACCGUUGCAGAACGUACACAGAUAUCAUAGGGUUUCUGCAGGAAUUAUACGCGGGUUCAACUUCUAUUACCACUUUAGACAGAGUAGCUUCGUUAUCUUUAAAAUUAAAGAAAGAACGUCAGAAUAUUGAUUCGGAAAUGAAAAAGGCAAAAGAAUAUCAGGAGGGUGCUAAGCAACAGCAAGAGAUUCUAACGAAUCGUUUGCAAAUCGUGGAAAGCUUGAAAGAUAUACUUGAACAACAAAUUGGAAACAAUGGAGUGCAGGAUAUUCUGCAACGUUUCUCUGAAUACUCUCAGUACACUUUAAACGAUUUCAAGUACAAACGAAAAAUAUCGCAAUUGGAACACGAGUUGCAAGCGGCGAACAACAAAUUCAUGGAUUACGAGUCGCUGAUAACGAGCAUGGAGAAGGAAAUGAUUGAAAUUCAGAAAGUCUGGGGCAAGGUUCAACAGCAACAAUCAAAAAUCGACAUACAAAACACGGCAACGAGUCCUGUACCCUUGGAAAACAACCACGUAUCCGUUCAAGCGACGAUAGAGACGAAUUCCAUGGAAGUUCAGACCGAUCCUUAUACUUGUUGCUUGGAGACGAAGAAGACUCUCGAGGUUGAGGUUCAGACUUCGAUAUUAAAAGAAGAAAAAACGAGAGAACAGUCGACGGAAACCCAGCAGACCGAAGUUGAAGAGGUAUACUCGAAGAAAGAAGGAAAACAAACGGAAGAACCAGAGAAAGAGGAGAACACGAUGGAAGAGGAAGAAGAAGAAGUGUCUCUGCUUCGCGAUCAAUUGAAUCGGGCUCUGAAACUCGCCUCGGAAAGAUCCUCGACUUUAGUGAAGUAUGAAUUACAGAUAGCUGAGUAUCAAGUAAAAAUUGAGGGGUUGAAUAAGACCCUGGAGAGCAAGGAUCUUCAAUUAACUGAAAAAGAGAAGCUGUUGGAGGAGUGCAAAGCUCAGCCACAUUCCCAGCUUCACAGUAGCGAGUACAGCGACAAGCUCGCCUUGAAAUCAACCAUAAAUAGUCUGCAGAAGUUGCUUAGUCAGAAGGAGGAGACUAUAGCUAGGUAUCAGAACCUGUUGAAGGAGGAUCGGGACGAGCACAGCAAAGCUGCGGUUCGUUUGCAAGAGGAGAUCAGAAGCUUGCAAGCUCGGCUUCAGGAGAAAAUUCUGAAGAUGUCUGACGAACCUGAAAGAUUGUCUGAUAAGAUACAGGAGACCGAUACGAAAAGCAACGUCGUUCAAACGGAGGAAGUAGCCAGGCUGCAAGAAACGGUGUCGACACUGGAGGCGGAUUUGAACAUUACCAAGGAACUUAGCGAACGUUGGCACAGAUUGGCCGAAGAGAGACUGAGACACAUGGAUAGAAUGAGGGAAAGAUUGGAGGAGCAACACAAAAACGAGCUGGAGAGUUAUCGCGGGGAAUUGAUGAAAUGGCAGUCUGAAGCUGAUACCCUUCGCAAACAGUUGUCUGAGAAUCGUGUGUUAAUUACUAAAGGGAAUAUUUCUUUGAUGAAGGAAUUGCAGGAGAAGGAUGAUAAGAUACACGAGCUCAGUCUUGCCUGUCAGCAGUUGCAGAACGCUGUCGAAUCGAUGGAAUCUACGAGUCGUUCUCAACGAGCGAUAACUCACGGUGAAACGGAAUCGAGGAUUCACGAAAUUACUCAAACAUUUGCUCGCGAUCAGUCGCAGCAAAGCGCGCAAACGGAAAUCCUGAAGAAACAGCUACAUUCGUUGCUGGAAAAGGAGAAAAUGUACAAGAAUGAGAUUUCUGACUUGAAGCAGCAACUUAGUCGCAGAUACAUGGCCGUAAAAACGCAAGAAAAGAAAAUAUCGCAACGGGAAAUUCAAUUAGAACGUAAGGUCAGAUCUUUGGAGGAAGAUUUGGAGAAAGCUAAAGCUCAGUUGGAUCGAGAGUAUUUAGCUCAAGAAGCAAAGAGAGCAAAGACCGCAGAAGAGCUUUCCUUAUGGGAGAAGCAAAAGAAAUGGCAACAGACUGCUGAGAAAUUGAAAGAAAAGCUCAAGGAAAAGACGGAAGAGUACACAAAAUUGCUUUCGAACCAUGAAAAGCUUCGAUCGGUGGUGUCCUGUAUGGAAAGAGAGAAAUGGUACCUGAAGAGCAAGUUGAAAUCAGAAAACACAAUGGCUGGAAAUUUAUCUGCCAGACCCUUGACGAACACGCAACAAAAUUUGAUGGAAGAACUUCAGAAGGAGUGUCAGAUUCUUCGAGAUCGUAUCAAAGAAUUAACCGAUCGUCUUGAGAACGAGGACAACGAGAAGCUCUUGUUAAAAAUUGAAGAGCAAAAGAGACGAAUCGCUGCUCUGGAAAUAGUUUCUCAGGGUAACGUUUUCGUAGUCAAUCAAUUAGAGAAGUUAGAAAUGACGAAGGAGAUACUUGAGAAAAUGAAUUUGACUUUGGAGGCGGAGAAUUUUGAGCUUCGUCUGGAAUUGGAAAAAGCAAACGCAGAAACACCACGAUUAAGGGAGAAGGUCGAUCAUUUAGAGAAAUAUAUCGAGUUGCUGAAGGUAGAAAAAUCCUCUAACUCAACUCCAAGAUCGUUGGACAAAGACGUGCAGGAUCAAGGCUCGAAGAAGUCUGUAAUAGAAAUGGAAAAGACAAUUUUCACCCUGAAGAGAAUCAUUGAGAGGCUUCAAGCUGAAAAUAAACAGCUCAGGCUUUCCUCUAAAAAGAGUCAUUUUCCCUAUCAGGGAAAAUCAGGUGGCCAGGUCGAUGGUGUGUUACAAAAGCAAUACGAGGAAGCCAAGAAGCGGAUAGUAGCGUUGGAAACCGAUUUGCAGUUAGCCGAGCAAAGGGUGGUAGCUUUGGAAAGGGUGCAAAAGGAGGAGGACAACGGGGAGGCAAAGAUUUUGAGGGAACAAUUGAACCACAAGUCUGAACUCCUAGACAAAGUGAAACAUUUAUUAUCGAGAGCAGCCAUGAACGAGAAAACUCUUCGGCAACGUGUACAACAACUAGAAUCGAAGCAAAUAUUGUCUACGAUACCAGAGUGCUACGUAACGCCACCCACUCCGGAGUAAACAACGUUCGGUCGUCCCGCCGCCGUCAGCUUGGCACGUCACCGGGCUGGCUCCAUUCGACGGUCAUAAUAUAUGCCGUCGUUCGCCGUUCACGGCGAUAAAUAUUACAAUAUAAUAUUCGUGGCCGGGACACGGAGGAUUCCCGGCGAGCCUUCGGGACCGAACCGAGAAAAGCCAUAUGAUGAAGCGGCCGUGCAACAGCAUGCGUCUUACAACGGGGAUCGUAUUACCUGAGACAACGAACAACGACCCUGGAAAACAUCCUGCCUUUACGAUUCUACAAAUAGUGCCAGUCUGCCGUACGCGGCUCGUUUUUCCAAUCGGAAAUUAUUAAACGCGUUUCCCGGCCAACGAUAUACAGGUAAGCGCGAUUCUUCGGCUUCUCGAGGUCGUACACUGGCUUCAGGAUAUUGAACGAGGAUCAUUUGGUAAAAAAAUUAAAAAAAAAACAAACACGUGUUGCUUUAACCCUUUAAGGAGAAUGAUUUAUAAAUUAUGGUAUGUUUAUUUUGUUGUUUUGAAGACGAGUGUGACAUGGGUUGUCUUCCAGAAUUUCACUAACGAGUGAUUAUUAAUUAACUGGGUAUUUUUGUAAUAUAUUUAAUCAAGAUUUUAUGCUGGAAUGGAAUUAUUGUAGGAAGAGAUGGUUGGGUCAGUUUGAUCGAGCAGAAUUUGAAAUGAAAGUUGACGAGUGGGAGGAUGGCGGUGAAACUGAAGGAUGAGGCUAGAGUUUGCGAAAGAGUUGCACGUAAUGGUAUAUUUUUUACGUAAUGGCUUUCUUUUAUUGUUCGUUUAUUGGUAUGGCGAAUCGUUGAACAAUGAGACGGAUAGUGCUUUCACUAUCACUCUACUCGCACGGUUUUAUAUAAUAAUAGUAUGUAAUUAUGGCGGAAGAGUUUCUUAUUUGGCUAGUUUUCGUCGCUCGAGUUAUGUAUUUAAAUUGUGUUCAUAAUUCAUAAUUUUUAUUCGUAAUUAAAUUAGUCGAAGACUUUACAAUCCAGGCUACAAAUUAUG